AUGGCGCAUCAAAGGGUCACAUCGACCCUGGAUGGGGUGAAGGAACCUCAUUCUGUUAGUUUGAAGGUCUUGAGACUUUCGCGCCCAUCCCUCUCAAUUCAACAUCCACUUCCCACGCCCUCCCCUUCACCACCUCCAAAUCUCAGUCUUCCAGCGCCCUCAGCCUCCCUCGCAUAUCCAUCUCCCACUCCUUCGAACUUCAUUCACUCACCUCUUCUCACGCUUCCUCCAGCUUUCGGAUCUGCAUAUGUGGGGGAGACGUUUAGUUGUACUCUUUGCGCUAAUAACGAACUUCCUCCUCUUUCCCAACUCUCUCAAACUCACACCUCUCCGGACAUAGUGGCCUCACCCAAUACCACCAAAGUAAUAUCAAAUAUAACUCUCAGCGCGGAAAUGAAAAUACCCUCUACGCCCAACCCCAUCUCGCUUCCUCUUUCUGGCCCUUCCCCGUUCCCUGCAGCGUCUACAACUGGAGAAGAAACUCCAGAAACACAAAUUAUUUCCCAGGCAUCCCUCCAAAAAGUUCUUCACUUCGACCUCAAAGAAGAAGGAGCUCACGUUCUAGCCGUCACAGUCACCUAUACUGAAUCUUCUCCUUCGUCUUCCCCUCGCACGCGCACAUUCCGCAAGCUAUAUCAAUUUAUCUGUAAAGGCUGUCUCGUUGUCCGUACCAAAACUGGUACAUUACCAUCCCUGAGAUCUACAUCUUCUAAUCGGUCAUCAACAUCCAUGACAUCAACCUCUCCAUCCAAAGAAACAAAACGCAAAAGAAGCUACGCACUAGAAGCUCAAUUAGAAAAUAUUACAGAAGAUAAUCCUAUCACCUUGACUUUAGUUCAUUUAACUACCACUAAAGGAUUUAAUGCUACAAGUUUGAAUUGGGAGAUUGUAGUUUCUGAUUCGGAGAAGGAAACUGGUGGAGGGGAAGCAGAAUUAGAAAGACCUGUAUUAGCACCAGGGGAUGUUCGUCAAGUUUGCUUUUUGGUUGAAGAAAAGGAUUCUGAGGACGAAAAGGAGGGUGUACAGGGAGAGAAUGAAAAGGAAAGUGAAAUUGUAGACGGAAGGCUGAUAUUCGGUAUGCUGAGUAUAGGAUGGAGAGGUGCGAUGGGGAAUAAGGGAUUUUUGAGUACCGGAAAUUUAGGGAUUAGAGUUUCGUAA